AAUAAGUUACUUCUUAUAUUUUUUCUCUAUUUCUUUCCAAAAAUAUAAAUAUAAGGCUUAAAAAGGGAAAAGAGAAAACAAAAAAAGAAAGAAAGAAAUAAAGGAAGCAUUUUUUUCAAGUUUGGUUUGGUCUACCAGCAGGCCAUGUACUUCAACGAAAACAUUCGAGUGCUUUCAAAUUUAUCACAUUUGUGAAUGUCCUAAUAUGAUAGUUUAGUUCAUUUUGCUUCUAGUCCAAUCCAAGAAUUUUCUUGAUGGAAUUGUAAGGCACUUAUAUAUUGUCAAUUUGUUGCUGUAUAGUAUUCUUUGACCCUGAACGAUAACAAGAAGAAGAAGUACAGAAGAAGAAGAAGAAGAAGAAGAAGAAGAAGAAGAAUUAAGGUAGUAUUAAUAAUAUCAUCAAGAUUGAUCAUGCCAGAAGAAGAAGCAGAUUUAUGGGGUGUUGUGUUGUUCAUAUUCUUAAUCUUGAUUGCAGGUGUAGUAGUUGCUGGAGAUUCUCUAGAUACGGACAGGGAAGUACUACUGAACUUGAAAUCGUUUCUUGAAGAGAAGAACCAAGUAAACCGAGGACAAUACACUCAAUGGGGCCAAUUUAGCAAAAACCCCUGCAACUGGUCAGGUAUCAUGUGCAGCGAAGAUGGCUCAAGAGUUACUGGCGUCAAACUAAUUGGCAAUAACAUUUCUGGGUUGUUAUAUAACAACUUCUCAUCCCUGACAGCACUUUCUUACCUCGAUCUUUCUCAAAACUAUAUUGGUGGAGUGAUUAAUAAUGACUUGAGCAACUGUCAAAACUUGGCUCAUCUCAAUCUGUCGCACAAUAUGCUAGAGGGAGAGCUCAACUUGACUGGUUUGAGUAACUUGCAGAUUCUGGACUUGUCGUUGAACAGAUUUUUCGGGGGAAUUCAGUAUAGUUUUCCGGCAAUUUGUAAUAAGUUAGUUGUUGCAAAUAUUUCUGGAAAUAACUUCACUGGCAGGAUUGAUAAUUGUUUUGAUGGGUGCUUGAGUUUGCAGUAUCUUGAUUUGAGCUCGAAUCUUUUUAGUGGAAGGAUAUGGAAUGGCUUUUCAAGGCUUAAAGAGUUUUCAGUGUCUCAAAAUUUUCUUAGUGGAGAAAUUCUGGGGUUAAGUUUUGGUGAGAACUGUAGCCUUCAAGAGUUGGAUUUAUCAGAAAAUAAUUUCACGAAUGAGUUGCCAAAAGAGAUUUCAAAUUGUAAGAAUUUGACCGUUUUGAAUGUGUGGGGAAACAAAUUCAAUGGACAAAUUCCAUCUGAGAUAGGCUUGAUUUCUAGUCUUGAAGGUUUGUUCUUGGGAAACAAUAGUUUUUCUCAGAUAAUUCCAGAGUCUCUUUUGAACUUGAGUAAGUUGGCCUUUUUGGAUUUGAGCAGAAACAGUUUUGGAGGAGAUGUGCAGAAGAUUUUUGGCAGAUUUACACAGGUGAAGUUUCUGGUAUUGCAUGGAAAUUCAUAUACUGGUGGAUUAUAUUCUUCAGGUAUUCUCAAGUUACAGAACGUUGUUCGAUUAGAUUUGAGCUACAAUAAUUUCUCGGGUUCAUUACCUGUUGAAAUUUCUCAGAUGCCAAGCUUGAAGUACUUGAUCCUUGCUUAUAAUCAGUUUAAUGGUUCCAUACCAAAGGAAUAUGGGAAUUUUCCAAGCAUCCAAUCUCUUGACCUCUCCUUCAAUAGCCUAACAGGACCUAUACCAAGUUCAUUUGGAAAUUUGAGGUCCCUCUUAUGGUUAAUGCUCGCAAACAAUAUGCUGACAGGUGAAAUUCCUAAAGAAUUGGGAAACUGCAGUAGCUUGUUGUGGUUAAAUCUUGCCAACAACAACCUUUCUGGACACAUCCCACCAGAAUUGACGAACAUAGGCAGAAAUCCCACUCCAACAUUCUUGUCAAACCAGCAGAACGAAGGCAUCAUCGCUGGCUCUGGGGAAUGUUUAGCAAUGAAGAGGUGGAUUCCUGCUGACUAUCCACCGUUUAGUUUUGUUUAUAUCAUCCUUACACGGAAGAGUUGCAGAAGUAUAUGGGACAGGUUACUUAGAGGAAUUGGCCUUUUCCCAGUUUGUGCUGCAGGAUCUACCAUUUCCACGCUUGAAAUAACUGGUUAUCUUCAACUCAGUGGGAAUCAGCUUUCAGGUGAGGUCCCUCAGGAUAUUGGUAAGAUGCAGAAUCUCAGUUUACUGCAUCUGGGUUCCAAUCAGAUUUCAGGGAAGCUGCCUCCACAGAUUGGACGUUUGCCACUUGUAGUCCUAAACCUAAGCAAGAAUGGGUUUUCAGGUGAAAUUCCAAAUGAAAUUGGGAGCAUCAAAUGCAUACAGAAUCUUGAUUUGUCUUACAAUAAUUUUUCUGGUUCUUUUCCUGCAAUUUUGAAUGACUUGAGCGGCCUAAAUCAGUUCAAUAUCUCAUACAAUCCGUUGAUUUCUGGCAUCAUUCCAUCAACUGGGCAAUUGGCUACUUUUGAGAAAGAUUCUUACUUAGGUAAUCCAAACUUGGUUCUUCCAAAAUUUAUCAGCAAUUCCACUGAUUACCCACCAAAAAAUAGGAGGAUUGGUAGGAAGAAGAGAGAGCAUGUAACGUGGGCUGGAUUGUUGGUGGUCUUAACACUCGCUCUAGCUUUCUUAGUCUGUGGAGUUCUAUCAGUUAUCGUAUGGAUAUUAGGAAAAAGCCCGUCAGACUCACCUGGAUAUCUCUUGCAAGAAAUUAAAUAUCGGCACGACUUGACCUCAAGUUCAGGCAGCUCAUCUCCAUGGUUAUCAGAUACAGUUAAGGUCAUCCGUUUAGACAAAACAGCAUUCACUCAUGCUGACAUUUUGAAGGCAACAGGAAAUUUUUCAGAGAGUAGAAUAAUCGGGAAAGGAGGUUUUGGAACUGUGUACAGAGGAGUAUUACCUGAUGGAAGAGAAGUAGCAGUAAAGAAGCUACAGAGAGAAGGAAUCGAAGGCGAAAAAGAGUUUCGAGCUGAAAUGGAAGUCCUAACUGGAAAUGGCUUUGGUUGGCCGCAUCCAAAUCUCGUUACACUCUACGGUUGGUGCCUUAAUGGUUCAGAGAAAAUAUUAAUUUAUGAGUACAUGAAAGGCGGAAGCUUAGAGGAUCUUAUAUCGGAUAGAAUGAAACUAACAUGGAGAAGGCGUACGGAUAUAGCCAUUGAUGUAGCUAGAGCAUUAGUAUUUCUACACCAUGAAUGCUAUCCUGCGAUUGUUCACCGUGAUGUCAAGGCUAGCAACGUCCUGCUAGAUAAAGAUGGCAAGGCACGAGUGACAGAUUUUGGGCUAGCAAGAUUUGUUGAUGCAGGAGACAGUCAUGUGACUACAAUGGUAGCAGGCACAGUGGGUUAUGUUGCACCAGAAUAUGGACAAACAUGGCAAGCUACUACGAAAGGCGAUGUGUACAGUUUCGGGGUACUUGCAAUGGAAUUGGCCACAGGAAGGCGAGCUGUUGAUGGUGGUGAAGAGUGUCUAGUAGAAUGGGCUAGAAGAGUAAUUGGAAAUGGGCGAAAUGGAGGAUUAUCAGGCAGAUCAAUGAUACCAGUUAUAUUCUUGGGCUCAGGAUUAGCAGAAGGAGCAGUAGAGAUGUGUGAGUUGCUGAGAAUUGGUAUAAGGUGCACUGCAGAAUCACCACAGGCCAGACCAAACAUGAAAGAGGUGCUAGCAAUGCUAAUAAAGAUUUCAGGCACAAGAGGGGAUUUGAUUUAUAGUCCAUCUCCACCUUCAAUUUGAUUCAAAAUGUCAAUAGGUUUUUGGCUUUUAGGGUGUUUAAAAUUAAUUUAUUUCCACAAAGAUUAUACUUGUACACAACACACAGGUUUUUGUUUUAGAUGAUUUUUCUUGUACACAAAGCAUUUUUCAUGUUGAUAUACGGAAUUGAAAGUUAGCUUAUUCA